AUGGGAAAGAAAUUCAAACAUUCAGAAAUAUUUCCUAGUAACCCAAUGCUGAUGUGUAUUUGCGGAAGUUCUGGUUGUGGAAAAACUCAUCUUACUUUUAACAUGUUGACAACACCAAACCUUUUAGAUUUCAAUUCUCUAUAUAUCUACACAACAACACCAGAUCAAUCAUAUUAUCAAUUCCUUAAAGCUUUAGAAUAUUUACCAAAAGAAGACAUGGAAAUAAAAGAUAUCUUAGAGAGCUUCAUAAAAGAAAAGAAUCCAUCUUUAAAUCCAACCGACAUAAAAGUGUUUCUAACUAAAAAUGUCAAUGAUCUGGACUUGUCUAAAAUUGAUAGUAAUCGAAAGAACUUAAUAGUCUUUGACGACUGUGUGGCUCAAAGAACUCAAACUGUUCAACAAGAAUUUUUCACGAAAGGAAGACAUCACAAUUGUCACUGUAUUUACCAAUCCCAAUCCUUUUAUGGAAUGGACGCUAUGUUUAUCAGAAAGAAUGCAAAUUGUUUUUUAUUGUUCGAAUUAAACGACAAAGAUUUAUCUCAAAUUAUUCAGUCUAUAAAUCACGGAAUGGAUAGAGAUAUAUUUAAAAAAGUUUGUAAAGCACAAUGGAGAAACCCAGAGGAACAUGGAUAUGUAUUUGUUAAUACCAGAAAACCUGCAGGUGAAAGAGUUAUGACAGAUAUCUGUUAA